AUGACUUCUGAAACUGUGCUUGACUCUGCUCGAUUCAGAGGUUGCUUGAUAGGGGCGUAUAUUGGGGACUGUGCUGGUGGGCUGUUCAAACAGACCAAGCGUGACUGCCAACCAAUCGCUGUUCAACACGUAGUGGAUACGUUGUUCUCUAAAAACUGCUGGCUACCAACCGACGCAUCGUAUCUAACGAGCGCUGUAGCCCGUUCUAUUGUUGAUUCUGGUUCAUUUAUCGAUGUUCACGUUGCUCAGUACAUGGCCGAUUGCUACUUUGAAUUUCCGGAGAGGCGAAAGUUUUUUACGACAAUCAAAGAUGUGUUCUUUGCGUGGAAACUUAACGGAAUUAAAACCAAAACAGUAUAUUUUCCGGCCGCCCAACAAUUCCGUGGAAGUGGCUCGUAUGGAAACGGUGCCGCAGUUCGAGUGGCACCGCUGGUUUUGCUUAACUGUUUUGAUCUGGACUCUGCUCUAAAAGAAGUUGAUGAAAGUUCGAGCUUAACACACGGCAAUUUACUUGCCGUGCGUGGGGCUAAGUUACAAGCUCGUGCUAUUUUUGAAGCAUUGCAUAUCCACCAGCCAGACGCUGCUAGCUUUAUUGCUACUCUUAUUAGUUUCUGCAAAAAGAUGGAGGUGGAUAAUCAGUUCAAGUUUUACAGUAACCGUCUCCGUAAGGUUCAAACGUUCCUGGCAGACAAUACUGAUCCGAAAGCCGUUGUCAGUGCCUUAGGCAACGGAAUCAAGGCGUUGGAAGCCGUUCCUUUGGCUAUCUACUGUGCUCUACGCGCGAUGACACCUGUCGCAGGAAUUAUUACGGAAAGCGCGUUUGAUCGUUGCAUCAUCCUGGCAAUUUCUAUGGGGGGCGAUACCAACGUCAUUGCCAGUAUGGCCGGAGCCAUCACCGGCGCUUGGAUCGGAAACGGACGGAUUUCCGUUCUUAUGAAAAUGCCGUGUUAUGACAUAGAAGAGCCUGAAGUUUUGGGCUCGGAGUUGGCCAGAGUGCUCCAAGAACGUAUUGAUAAAAUUGCUGCAUUUAAAAAAGAAAUGAAUAUCCGUGUUUAA